ACUAAACUUACCAUAGAAUUUAUUGAUCAAAUUCCUCAAUUUUGCAUUCAAUUCCUUCUUCUAGGGCUCUUUUUUUCUUCAAUUUUGAAUCAUCGGAUCACGAUUCAUGGAAAUGACUAGCACUAGUUAUCAUAUCCAUAAACCAUUUCUGAAUUCCAGUUGUUAUACGGCUGUUGGUGUGUCUACAACUCACAUAAGCCGUUUUCCUGUUGUUUUUAGUAAUCGGAGCCCGGGAAAGAAGAAGGUUUUGAAGACUGUGAAGGCGGUAGCGGCGGCAUCGACGGGUCGUGGCGGUGCUGCAGUGAACGGAGGUAGCCGGAGUAGAGAGGAAUUGUCAUUGCUGUCAAAGCCUUCUACUAGUAGCAGUGCUUUAGAACAGUUAGAUAUUGAGCGUGGAGUUUGUAUCCCUUUUCGAAAGUACACCCCUGAUACUGUUAGGAGUAAGGUGUUGGAGUCACAAGGUGCGAUUUUGUCACUGGUUGGCAGAGGAAUUGAGAUUGUUUGGAAGUUGGGUUUCUACUGGACUAGGUUGGUGUAUGAUUACUUAGUUGGUCGUGAUGAAGAAGUUGUUCCUUUUCGUGCUCGGCAGCUCAGGAAUUUAUUAUGUGACCUGGGCCCUUCUUUCAUUAAAGCUGGCCAGGUUCUUGCAAACAGGCCUGAUAUUAUUAGGGAAGAUUAUAUGAAUGAACUUUGCAUUCUUCAAGAUGACGUUCCUUCUUUUCCCAAUCAGGUUGCUUUCAACAUUAUAGAAGAGGAGUUGGGUCAACCUCUAGAAGCUGUUUUCAGCAAAAUUUCAUCAGAGACCAUAGCAGCUGCAAGUUUGGGUCAAGUUUACAGGGCUACUCUACGUGCAUCAGGAGAGGAUGUUGCUAUAAAGGUCCAAAGGCCUGAAAUAGAGCCUAUAAUAUACCGGGAUCUUUUCCUUUUCCGAACACUGGCUUCUUUCCUGAAUGGAAUCAGUCUACAGAAGCUGGGUUGCAAUGCAGAGCUUAUAGUUGAUGAAUUUGGUGAGAAGCUUCUGGAGGAGCUUGAUUAUACAUUGGAAGCUCGCAAUAUUGAAGAUUUUCUUGAGAACUUCAAAGGCGAUCCUACUGUUAAAAUACCCAGGGCUUACAGGCAGCUCUCUGGUUCACGUGUUCUAGUUAUGGAAUGGAUUGAUGGAAUACGGUGCACUGAUCCACAGGCCAUCAAGGAGGCUGGUAUUGAUGUAAAUGGAUUUUUGACCGUUGGUGUUAGUGCUGCAUUGCGGCAGUUGCUAGAAUUUGGGUUGUUUCAUGGAGAUCCUCACCCUGGAAAUAUCUUUGCUAUGCGUGAUGGCCGUAUUGCAUAUGUGGACUUCGGGAAUGUUGCUCAGCUAAGCCAGCAAAAUAAACAGAUUCUAAUCGAUGCCGUUGUCCAUGCUGUAAAUGAAGAUUAUGCUGAAAUGGCAAAUGAUUUCACAAGACUUGGAUUUCUUGCCAGUGGAACAGAUGUCUCCCCCAUUGUUCCAGCACUGGAAGCAAUUUGGCAGAACUCUGGGACAAAAGGAUUGGCUGAUUUUAAUUUUAGAAGUGUUACAGGAAAAUUCAAUCAACUUGUUUACCAAUAUCCAAUUCGGAUCCCUGAAAGGUUUUCUCUCGUAAUUCGUUCUUUAUUGACUCAAGAAGGCAUCUGUUUCACGCUGAAACCAGAUUUUAAAUUUCUUGAGGUUGCAUACCCAUAUAUUGCAAAGCGCCUUUUGACGGACCCAAACCCUGCUCUUCGAGAACGUCUUGUGCAGGUUCUGUUCAAAGACGGUCUUUUCCAAUGGAAGCGACUUGAAAACUUAAUUGUGCUGGCAAAGGAGAACGUGACAAAGAUGAGCAGCAAUCCUGCAUUUCAAGGAAAUAACAUGCAAAGUUCCAGUGCAGUGCAGGUUCAAAGGAAAUUGGACUUAACAGACACCAUCAAAGACGGAGCUAGACUUUUCCUGAUUGAUGAAGGAAUUCGUAGGCAACUUCUUCUUGCAUUAACGGAAGACUCUAAGCUUCACGUUGAAGAGCUCGUUGACGUGUAUAGGCUUGUUGAAGACCAAAUAGACAUACCCUCAGUUGCUUUGGAGGUAGCCAGAGACUUGCCUUCAGCUGCCCGGGAUUUCAUGCUUUCCUGGAGUGCUUCUGUCCUAUCUGAUAAAUGAAUCAGGUUUUUGACGUAUCCAUUUUGCACCCACACGUUCAUAUCUUUUCUUUUUCGAAUUUCACACUAAACCACAGAAAGAUCCUAUUUGAUAACAAAGACACAUACGUACAGCUGUAUAGAAUCAGUUUUAUAGGCAGAGAGGAGACCACCACUGGCUAUAUAAUAUAUACCGGUCAAUAGACCCUGUGACUUCAAUGUUAGAGGUGAUUGUAUAUAACACAGUAAUUGCAGUACUCGAGCUUUAUGCAAGUAGUUUUAGUGAACUUCGUCGUUCUUUUUAA